CGCGGUUCGUUCGCGGUUCGAUUGGUGUUCGGUCGGAUUUUCUUCCUUUCGCUUAAUGCGCGUGCAAAGUGGAAAUUCUGACCAACCAUCCAAGUGUUUGUUAAAUCCGAAUUAUAAAUAGAAUGUGAAUCAAAAGUGGAAAUAAGUGGAAAAAUUGAAUUAUCCAUCCAGCUCCGGCAGUGAAAUUGGACGUAAUUUGUCCCGAUAGCUGGAUUCAAACCGGUGCAAUCCCGGUUCCCAGACAGCUUGCAUGCGUUCUUUCCUUCUGUUUCUUUCAACCACUUUCCGUUAGUGUGAAAGAAUAUUCUAUUUGCGUAUUCAGUGAUGUGAGUGAUCCGGGCCGCAAUUUUUCCACUCCGCGUGUGUUUAAAAGUGAUUCCGAUGUAAUUGUUCAAACGCCGCUCCGAAACACGUGUGUCCAAAUCGAAAAUAUCAAAACAAAAACCUGUGCAAAGCUGCCGUAAACCGUCGCAAAAGAAGCAAGUGAACAAUGAUUAUGAGGCUAUUAUUCGGGGUGCUUACCGUUCUAUCGCUGCUGGCAGGGAUAGGCGCCAUUUUUCAGGGUGGCGUGCUGGAUCUCAACUUCUUUCGCUGCAUGUGGACAAAGAACUACGAGUGCCCACACGAGGACAUUAAGUUUUUCCUCUACACACCAACCUUUCGGAAGGGCCGAAUCAUCGAUAUGAACGAGCCGAAGUCCAUCUUCAAGGUCGGCUUCAAAACGAACCAGCAGACGGCGAUCAUCAUCCAUGGUUUCAACGGGACGCAGACGAGCCGGCACAUAAUGUUCCUGAAGGAUGCCUACCUUUCGCGUAAGUUUAACGUGUUUGCAGUCGACUGGGAGGUGUUGUCGCAGUAUCCGUGCUACUUCUCAUCGCUUUCCAACACCAAGCUGGUGUCACAGUGUACGGCACAGCUUUAUUCCUUCUUAACGUUUGCCGGCUGUACAAGCAAACAGAUCACGUGCGUAGGACACUCCCUUGGGGCACACAUAUGCGGCAUGAUGAGUAACCAUCUAACGAAAAAGCAGUAUAAAAUUAUAGGUCUCGAUCCAGCACGACCCUUGAUAGAGAAGCAUGCAUCGAAAAAGUUUCGUCUAACUAGGGAUGAUGCCCGCUCGGUGCAGAUCAUACACACCAAUGCUGGCCUGCUCGGGCAGAGCUCGUUUUCGGGUCGGGUGGACUUUUGCAUUAACGGUGGCCAGGUGCAGCCUUAUUGUGAGGGUGAUCGAAUUAAACAAGCCCGCUGUAGCCACUUUCUGAGUGUGUGCUACCUUGCCAAUGCCAUUCUAGCCUCCAGACCGAUGCGUGCGUUCCGUUGCCCGUCCGGAUGUGUGCCAGACAACCGGAUACCCUUCGUGAAGUCGAACCGUGUGCGAAUGAAAUGGCUCACCGUCGGGCAGGAUACACCGGGAAAUGUGACUGGAGGAUACUGUGUUCAUAUGGAGCAGAACAUGAACUGUCCGUUUAACUAAGCAACUAAUUGAAGAACUGGAAUUGAGAUAUUGAAAUUGAAGAACAACCGCAAAGGACAAGGUGCAGUGUAAUUCCUAACGCAUUACAAAAUGAAAAAUCAUUUGGUUUUACAAAUACCAGUAUUAAAGCAAGCAACAGGGCAAGCUUAAAGAAAUGCAUGAGAGAUGCAAGGAGGCAGUAUCAAUUUGCAGAAAAAAAACGAAAACAACAUC